CAAACUAAAUCGCCACAUUGCGGCCAUAACACUGCUUUAGACGUUCAUUUUCUUAUAUAAGUUUAAAGGACACACGAUAUCAGUCGGUUCCAGUUGGAAAAACCUUACUUAAAAAGUUCACCAUGUUGCUUACGUUUGCUCGAAAGCUUAGUUUUGUAAAUAAAAUCGCCGCAGCUGAGGUAAACUUAGCACGAACGAUCUGCACUUCUAAAUUGCGUUUUGUCACAUCCACCGCAGCGGAGGGUCAGGAAUUACAGCUUACCUAUUUGACCGAAGACGAUAAGCAAGGCAUCGCCGUUUUGGGUUUGAACCGUCCGAAGGCUAAAAACUCCUUCAGUCAGUUGCUCGUCGAUCGGUUGCUGCACUCCGUAGACGUGCUGGCACACGAUAAAAAUGUCCGUGUGGUGAUCCUUCGCAGUCUCGUGCCGGGAAUAUUCUGCGCUGGUGCUGAUUUGAAAGAACGUGUCACUAUGAGUCCUCAGGAGGUGGGUCGUUUCGUUUCCAAACUGCGCAUGUUGAUGACUAGCAUCGAGAAUAUGCCGGCCCCGGUGAUUGCCGCGAUUGACGGUCCGGCUCUUGGGGGAGGUUUGGAGAUGGCCCUUGCUUGCGACAUGCGAGUUGUGUCAAACAAAGCCGUACUUGGGUUGGUUGAAACCAAGUUGGGAAUCAUUCCUGGCGCUGGCGGUACCCAACGGUUGCCGCGAAUUUUGAAUCCAGCCGUUGCCAAGGAAUUAAUUUUCACCGCUAGACAAGUUAACGGCCAAGAGGCACACGCUUUAGGAAUCGUAAAUCAUGUAGUUCCUACAAACGAAACCGGAGAUGCUGCAUUUUUAAAGGCUUUGGAAGUAGCAAUGGAGAUUGUACCUAAUGGACCGAUUGGAGUGCGUAUGGCUAAACGUGCCAUUGAUAAAGGAUUGCAAGUAGAUUUGGCUACAGGAUGCGCUAUCGAGGAACAAUGUUAUGCACAAGUUAUUCCAACCAAGGAUCGCUUGGAGGGCCUAAAGGCAUUUGCAGAGAGACGAAAACCGAAGUAUAUUGGAGAAUGAUAGGGACGUUCUUUUUUCUUGAACAACUGAAUUUAUUAGUAUGUGAUAUGAAAGUGCAUUUAUCUGGGCUUCCCAAGGAAUAGCCUCGAAUUGAAAUUGUUUAUGGUACCAGUUUUUAUAUACACAAUAAAAUGCAAGAUUUAACUACUCAAAGCUAGAUUUUGAGCAGUUCUAUUAACUGACGUUUGGUAUCUUCUGGGGAGGUAACUUUAUGUCCGAUUGUUCUUGCAUCCGAGAAGAUUUCAUGAUCAUUUCC